CUUUAGAUGGCUUGUAUUAAUUUAUCAGACAGGAUUGAGGAAGUGAACGAGACGAGGAAUGUCUCUAUAAAUACUCAACGCCCGCUCUCACACUCCUGGAAACAUGACUUCCUCGGCUUAACUCCCCUUUGGCUAUUUACUUGUUCCACUUGACUCAAUAAUACUUUCAACAAUCCAAUCAACUACUCCUAGUUAAACAGGACGAAAUAGUGAUCGAUCGAAGUUGUUGUGGACGGCCACAUUCACCAUGCUUUUCACCACUCGAUCAGUUAUCGUCUUUAUGUUAGCGGGAACGCGUGUUAUCCUAGCUGCCACACAACCAGCAUGUGUACAAGACUGCAUCAGCGAGAACCCAACGAGCUCGUGGUGUGAUGGCGACGAGACCGGUGACGACCUCGCUGAAUGCACAUGCCAGAGCAUAUACGGCAGCCUCAUGCUUCAAUGUAUCCAGAAAUGCCCCGAAGCCGAUCAAGCCACAUACGCCUCUGGGCUACCAGGAACCUGUGGCGAGACUCUCUUCCCUGAUAUCGAUAUUCCAGAAACUACUUCGACCUUAUCAUCAUCGGCGGCGGCUUCGACACCGACUAGGACUAAUACUGACAGCGGCGCUAGAGAAACUGAGACGCCUGCAUCGGACGGCAAUGAUUCGGGGACUGGUGCCGCUGCAGGCCUCAUUAUUCCUACAUGGAUGCUUGGCGCAUCAAUUCUCGGUUUGGGAGUUAUUGGUUUAUAAGCACUGACCGAACAUGGUGAUGGUAAUAUCAGGAUGAUAUACAUCUUGGAUGUUUGGGAAGCGGUAUAUGCGGAAUUGCUGAAGAAUUAGCUGAGAAAGUACCAUCGACGGACGCCUUAGACGGAUG